AUGUACUUCAUCAUCCUUGAGGAGUGGAAAGUGUAUUUUUAUGAAAACCCCUGGACGAUCCCAAAUAUACUGUCAAUGGCAAGAAUGGGUUUGGCGCCAGUUUUAGGCUAUUUGAUUGUUGAAGAAAAUUUCAAUGUUGCACUAGGUGUCUUUGUUUUGGCUGGCAUAACGGAUUUGUUGGAUGGAUUUAUUGCACGAAACUGGGCUAAUCAGAAAUCAGCUUUGGGAAGUGCUCUUGAUCCUCUGGCCGAUAAAAUUCUCAUCAGUGUGCUCUAUGUAAGCCUAACUUGCGCAAAUCUAAUCCCAGUUUCACUUACUUCCAUGAUCAUUCUGAGGGAUGUAGCGCUCAUUGCUGCUGUUUUUUAUGUGCGAUACAAAACUCUUUCUCCACCGAGAACACUCAGUAGGUAUUUUAACCCUUGUUACGCUACUGCCCAAUUAAAGCCAACAUUCAUUAGCAAGGUAAGAGUAGUAACUUGUUACAAAAGAUAACUCCUCAGUGCUUGGGGUGCAGCUCCUGUUUUCAAUUAUGUGGACAGCAUAUAUCUGCAGACAUUAUGGUGCAUCACAGCUUUCACAACGGUAACAUCUGCAUACAGCUAUUACCACUAUGGCCGGAAAACGGUUCAGGUGAUAAAUAACAAAUGAAUUAUUCCUGAAAGGGCAGAGUCUUGGCAGCAUGGUGUGCUGUACUGCCGAAGAUGGUCGUAAUGCAGCUGAGUUUUGGAUCAAGAACUCUGUUUUUCUGCUUAAACCAUGGCAUCACAAUGAAGUGAAGUUUGAACAUGUACUGUGUGUAUAUAUAUAGAGAGACUUUUCAAUGUAUUUUUAAUUUGUUUAAAAAUGAGAUUGUUUACAAAAAUGAAUAAAUAAUGUUCUUAAAGACAUAGGUUACUAGUUGCUGCCAUGUGCAUUCUGAAUAAUUUUAUACUGGUUUUGAAGUCAAAAUAGGCACUUUUCACCAGCUUUUUUGCCAUCUUCAUGCAAGGCACUGAGUAGGCUGAGAUCUAAGAAGAAAAAGCAAUUAUAAGAACAAAUUUGUCUUUCUGCCUCAACCUAAGUCAGCAAACCAGCGUUGCUCGUUAGGACUUAAUGACGUAUGUCAGCUUGCAGCAGAAGAAAGCACGUUGUCGAGGAACAGUAUCUUCGGAAAUUUAAACCAGAGUGAUAGACAUUUUACUUCGUAUUCCGUGGUGACGCGGAUAAGCCAUGAAGAGUUACUGCCCUGCUCCCUUUUCUUUUUAAAUGUGAGCAACAGCGAACUGUACCCAUGGGAGGAGAGCUUUGAGGCUCAGAAGGGUCAGCUGUGCAGUGAGGAGUCUGUACCCAAAUGGAGUUAUGUUUCUCAUACUAGAAAUUAUUCUAGUGGUCGAAAGAAACUCUGCUGUAUCUCCAGCUUCUUUAAAGCUUCUAAAGAUGCUGUUUAGUCUAAAUACCAUGGGAGAAAAAGGAUGUUUUAAAUACUGUCCAAAUGAACGGAGAGAGUGGAAGAAACUUUCAGACGCACGUACUGUUAAUUAUUCCUGUGCCGCUAGCUUCAAGAGGUAUGCCGUCAUCCCCCUCCGGCAAGGACAGCUUGCACGUGUUCUUUGCCUGUUCUCUACUCACAGCAAGACGCAGAGUAAAGCACUAGGCAGAACAGAUCGUGUUGAUCACAAACUUAUGUUUUCUAUUUUCGAGCAACAUGUGAUCUCACGUAUGUUGUGAAAAAGAGUGCAACUAUGAAGGGCUUAAAUAAUUGAAACUGGGUGGUCUGUGAUGCCACUGUAGUAUUAGCAGAAGAAAAUUUGCUGUAGACAUCUUUUUUGAGAGCGUGCAGUCUCUUGUGACUGCAUAUGCUUGUAUAUACAAAGCAUUUUAAUAUUUUUUUUAUAUUUAAACUUGAAUAGAAUGGUGCACAGAGAAAACACUUGAUUUUUAUUAGUACCUUUUUCUUAACUCCCUGCAUUUUGUGGUCUACCCUGCAUCUUACAGCAGGGGGACGGAGAGCAGAGCCUAUGGAAGCUUCCUUUAGAUAUCUGAGUAUUUAGUAAAAUGGAGUACUUUUUCUUGAUGAAACAGUUUAGAAAGCAGAAAUUUAUCGUACCCGGUCAGGUUGUUCCUCGUUGGUUCUGGUUAAUGAGA